AUGUCUUGCCUUCAACAGCGGCCCAAGGGCACGCGGGGAGGAGGCGGGCGGGGCCGGGCGCGGUUGCCGAGGGAACGGCCUGCAAGCGGAAAUGGCCCGCGCGGCCCUCCCCUUCCGGGCCGUGUUGGCGCCGCCCACCCCGCGCCAAGUUGCAUGGGCCGGCACCUACUCGGCCGCCUGCUGUCGCGGCUGCUGCUGCCCCGCCACGUGUGGCCCCGCAUGCUCGGCCCGGACCCCGUGCUGCCCUGCAAGCGGCCCCGCAGCCACCUCAUGGCCCCGCCGCGGAUCGGGACCCACAACGGCGUCUUCCACUGCGACGAGGCGCUGGCGUGCGCGCUGCUGCGCCUCCUGCCCGAGUACCGGGAGGCAGAGAUCGUGCGGACGCGGGACCCCGAGAAACUGGCGGCUUGUGACAUCGUGGUGGACGUGGGCGGCGAGUACGACCCGCAGAGACACCGCUAUGACCACCACCAGAGGUCUUUCACAGAGACUAUGAGCUCCCUGGCCCCCGGGAAGCCGUGGCAGACCAAGCUGAGCAGUGCGGGACUCGUCUAUCUGCACUUCGGCCACAAGCUGCUGGCUCAGCUGCUGGGGACCAGUGAAGAGGACAGCGUGGUGGGCACCCUCUACGACAAGAUGUACGAGAACUUUGUGGAGGAGGUGGAUGCCGUGGACAACGGCAUCUCCCAGUGGGACGGGGAACCUCGCUACGCGCUGACCACCACGCUGAGCGCCCGGGUGGCUCGCCUCAACCCUGCCUGGAACCAGCCCGACCAAGACACGGAGCCUGGGUUCCAGCGGGCAAUGGAGCUGGUUCGAGAGGAGUUCUUGCAGAGACUGGACUUCUACCGGCACAGCUGGCUGCCCGCUCGCGCCCUGGUGGAGGAGGCUCUGGCCCAGCGAUUCCAGGUGGACCCGAGUGGAGAGGUAGUGGAACUGGCAAAAGGCGGGUGCCCCUGGAAGGAACACCUGUUCUGCCUAGAAUCUGAGCUGUGUCCCCCAGUGGCCAUCGCCUUUGUUAUCUACACGGACCAGGCUGGACAGUGGCGGGUGCAGUGCGUGCCCAAGGAGCCCCAUUCGUUCCAAAGCCGGCUGCCCCUGCCAGAGCCCUGGCGGGGCCUGCGAGACGAAGCCCUGGACCAGGUCACUGGGAUUCCUGGCUGCAUCUUUGUCCAUGCCACCGGCUUCAUCGGAGGCCACCGCACGCGAGAGGGUGCCCUGAGCAUGGCCCGCGCCACCCUGACUCAGCGCCCAGCACCUGUGCCGCCCACAGAUCCCCAAAAUAAAUAAAGUUCCUUUUAUCUCA